GAUAAAAGACAGUGUCCUGACCUCAUUACUAUAAUAAGAUGAAUGGUUUCAUUUUGUCACUGAUAUGCAUCUGUUGGUUGUUGAGUUAUGGACCUUCGCUAUGUUGGGCAGCUUGCAAAGUUGUUCCAAAUUCCUUGAGUUACUCAUCCUCAUCGUCUAAACUUACUGAACUGUCAAAAGGUGUUGCCACGCAGACAGUAUGGUGCAGCGGUGGGGCCAUUUUGAUGCAGUACAAGGACUUCUCGCCCUUUGUCAUGGCUGAUUUUCAGAACAGCCCAACAAUUGUUGGCGUAGGACUAAAGGGAGCACCUGCUACCCAGCCACAGAAUGGAUUUCCAUCUUUCCAAAUUUACAGCAUGGUGGCCAGUGAUAAAUAUGAAGCUGUUCGAGAAGGAAAUCUUAAUAAUAGACAAAUCAAGAUAUUUCCUGGAAUAACACCAGCUGAUAAUGUGAAAGAUAAAUUGAAGGAUUACAUGUUUGACUAUCCAGUAACAACAAAAAAGUUGAAAAUAGUAUUUAAAUUAAAACUUGGUCGUGAUAAGGUGUGCAUUCGAAUCCAGUUUUACCAGAAACCUGAAAUAUGUGGUGAUCAGCCUAAUAAUGUAGACAAAUGUAAAAGUAACAAAGGAGGCUGUGAAAAUACCUGUAACACCCUACCUGGUUCGUUCUACUGCUCAUGUUCACAAGGGAAAAUACUGUGGCGUAAUGGAUUAAAUUGUGUGCCAAAAACUGCUGAUGAAUUCCAGGUUGUGAACAAGCGACUCACUUAUGAAGAGUCGCAGGCAGAGUGUCGUCGUCUUGGUGGGUUUUUGAGUACUCUUUUCUCUGCAACUGAGCAAUCCAGCUUGGUGGCUAAGAUAACUCAGCCGGCAAACCAGAAGUAUUUCUUAGGUGUUGUGGAUGUGGACCAUGAUCAAAGCUACAGUCGAUGGAUAGAUGGGUCAGAUGUUGUUUAUGAAGCAUUUCAGCAGAAACGUACGAGUCCUGGCUCUACCGGCUUAUUUGUGAACUCUGGCUGGACCUUCAACCAAGAAAGAAAACAAAUGUAUAGCUGCCGCAUUACAAAACAAGACUCAUAUUUAUUAUCUGGUUACCAUGGUAUACAGGACUUCCAAUUGACAUCGUCGCCGUACCUGUUAUUAUAUUCGGCAAUAUCAGCUAUAGCAUUUGGUCCAGCCAGUAGUCGCCGUGGUUCUAAGGCUUAUAUAAAAACCCACACUGGACUAGAGUAUGGGUCGAUGUGGAGGCCCAAGCCUCAAGAAAAGAAUAAGUUUUUGAAGCUGACAUUGAAUUCAGAAAAUGAAAUAACUGGUGUGACUGUUUUUGGUGACACUUGUAGCAGUCCAUCUAUUAAGUUUCACAUCAAGUAUAAAACAUUUGAUGAAUCCUCAAGUCGUGACACUAAGCAAUACAGCAUACCACCAGAAUCUGAGGAACUUGUUUUCAUUUCUCCGCACAUCACAGCCACUGAGAUUGAACUCAGGCUCACUGAUAAUUCUGUGUGUGUGGGCUUCCGAUGGGACCUAACUGGACGUCUUACAGGACGAAGGUUAGCUGACGAGUGUCGGAAUCAGAAUCCCUGCAGCCAUUACUGUAUUGAUACUCCUGAGAGUUUCUACUGCCGAUGUCCUAAAGGCUAUCAUCUGUUUAUAGAUGAGAAGACCUGUCUACCAGAUUUGAAACCUAUUAUCGAUGGACCGGAGUUGCUAGCACUAGACUAUCCAGAAUUCACAGAUGUUAUUCAAAGCUCAUCAAAAUCUCCUACAUACUACCAGUUCUAUCCCAAUGAGAAAACAAUGAGUGAAGCAAAAAAGGUUUGCAGAAAAUUUGGAGGCUUUUUGCCAGCCAUUCAUAAAGUUUCUGAGCAGAGGUUGCUCCUUUCUAAACUGAGUGGCUAUUCGUCCUGUACUAAAUGGCUUCUAGGUAUAAAUGGAACACGUCUGGUGCACACUCAGUGGAUGGAUGGUAGCUGGGUUGACUUUGCACUGUUUGAUGGCAGUGUACCAGAAAAAUAUUUAGAUAAGGAGGUAAAGGUCGCAUACAUGGAUAAAGCUGUGUCAUAUUUGUGGAAGUAUGGUCUUACCCAAACUGUAAAAGGCUGUUUUGUGUGCCAAUAUAAACAAAGGGACUGUGACAUGCCAAUAAUCGGAGGAGUGUGGCCACUUAAACCCGGUACCAUUAGUAGGGGCAAGAGAUCCCCCCUUUCAAUGAUCUCUGUCCUCCGUGAUCUCAAAAAUCACUUGCGCUUUUUCGAAUCAAACUAUGGAAAAGACUUUAUGAAGAUUUUUCUUGGCUAUACUUUCCGGAUCCAUUCAUUCAAGUGUAGUAGUCUGCAUGGACAUAUAGUCUCAGGUUUGAAUACGAAACAACAAGAAACAGGCAAAACAUAUGAGUACAAGUUCAACUUUGUGUAUUCAUUGGCAACUAGAGUAUCCAGUAAAACUUAUCUAGAGAAUGGCGUAAUAAAGGAUUUUGACUGUGGACCUACUCCGUAUGUCUACAAGACACAUCAGUUGAAGCCAUCAGUUGUGGGCCAAAUGAUUAUCAUAAAAUGGGAGUACAAGACACAUGUUGCGUUUAGUUUUAGUUUUCAACUGUAUGGGUGUCCUGCAUAUCCAGAAGUUAAGAAGGUAAAAGUAAAUUACCAAUGUGGAAGUCCUCAGCCCAGUAUGUACUCAAUGACAUCACUUCAUUCCUUCGUGUGUAUGUACAAACAAUGUAAGCUGUCUGUGGAGACAUGUAGUCCUUUUAAUAAUUAUUAUCUCCCUUCUCCUGGUCAUGUUUGCUCGGCAAAUGAUGCCUGCGCUUCCAUGCCUUGUGAUGACGGCACCAUAUGUUUGGACUACGGUACAAGACACGAAUGCCAUUGCCCACAAAAGUACGAUGAAGGAAACUGUGGUGAGUAAAAUGCCCUUUCUAUUUAUAAAAGAAGAAAAAACUAAACAAACCCCAAAACAUCCGUUCUUUUUAUUAGCCAGUAUACCAAAAAAAGUAAAGUUUGUUUUAUUUAACGACGCCACUAGAGCACAUUGAUUUUUUUAUCUUAUCAUCGGCUAUUGGACGUCAAACAUAUGGUCAUUCUGACAC